CUUUUGUAUCUUCUGCCUAAUGGGAGAGGGGAGAACAGAGAAUGCCUGGGGUGGUGAGUCUUUCAUUAUGCUGGCUGCUAUUCUGAGACAGCGAGAAGUAUAGAUAGAGUCUAUGGAGCGGCUGAUGGUUUCUGUAUGGUGUGCCCACAACUCUGCUGUUUAUGAGGUCACUGGCAGAGCAGUUGCAGUACCAGGCUGUAAUGUAUCCGGCUGGAUAGGAUGUGUUCAAUGAUGUAUUGGUAACACUUGGUAAGGGUUGAUGUGGAGAAGCCAGAUUUCUAAAGGCUGCUGUUUUCUUGGCCAUGGCAUCCACAUGGUUGGACCAGGACAGGCUGUUGCUGAUGUUGUCUCCUAGGUACUUGAGACUCUUAGCCCUUUCACCCUCAGCACAGCUGUUAGACAUUGACAUUCCCUUUCUGAAGUCAGUGACCAGCUCUUGUGUUUUUGUUGACAUUGAGGGGAAGGUUGUUUUCAGGACACCAUGUUACUAAAUUCUCUUAUCGCCUUCCUGUACUACCUUGCAUUGUUGCUUGAGGUACGGUCAACUUUGGCAUCGUUUGCAAACACAUUGAUGGAGUUAGAGCAGAAUCUAACCAUGGUCAUGAGAGUUGCUGCCUAUCCUUACUGAUUAUGGUCUAUUGGUCAGGAAUCAAUGAAAGGUUGGCUACACAGUCCUUUUACUAGAAGUAGCAGGCAGAACUCCCCCAACAUGUAGAUACGACAGGGGAAGGCUCUAGGUACAUAAGUGUGUGAGUUUGUGGAUGAGCAAAUAGUAAGGACUGAGUUUAUUGCUCUUUCAUGAGUUAUUCUUUACCAGCAAAGUGGAGAAGACAUUCUUAAAGGGUACUUAGGAGACUUAAUGUCAUAAAAACAGAUGGACAUGCCCUUGGUUUAUUUUCUCCUUAGGAACCUCUCACUUCUAGGAAUGCACUCCCCAGAGGGUGAAUUCAAAUGUCAAGCAAAUUUAUUUGUUCAAGCUCUAUGUCAGCUAUUGAACCUACUUACCUUCGAAACUGAAAACAUUAUACCACCAAGCCAAGCUAGUUUGUGGUUAAUAUCCUGAACUAUGUUGCCCUUGGCUUUUCUUGCAGUAUUCAAUUUACAGUUUAUUCUAAUUGUGUGACAAUGGUGAGACCUCAAAAAACGUAGGGAAACAUGCAUGUUCACUGUUUACUGAGAGCAGAAGGAUAAGCAGGUAAGGGGGCAAGAAUGGAUACUUUUUAUUAAAAAUACACAUGAACAUAGGUUAUGAUAUAAUUGUAGUAAACAUUGGUCUACUAUUUUGUCACAUGAACAUGUGACAUGUCACAGUGAAAACUUUUGCUACUCAUGGGACAGAACAUGCUACACACAAGCACAUUGAGAUAGUAAAUAGCAAACAGAAAGCAGAAUGUAGUGUUGCGGCUUCAGAGAAAAUACAGUGCAGGUAAACGUGCCGUGCAAGGACUGUGGCAAUGUGGAUUGGGAGAUCAGGAAUUCAUAUCUCACAUGAGAGGUGCAUUCAAGUGCCUGAUAGAAGUCACUCUAGAUACAGAUGGUACUGUUUGUGCUUUUAAUCUUUUGUAUCUCUGCCAGCAGGUGAGGGGGACAGAGAGAAUGACUGGAGUGAGAAAAGUACUUAGUGUGAACUCAGUGAAUGGAGUGACGACUGAUAUGCAUGAUGGGUUGGAUUGCAUUCAGAGCUCUUUUAUUUCCUGUGCAUUGAAUGAGCAUUUUUGUGGGAGAGUCACAAGCAUUGGAAUUUAACUACAUAAUAAGGGGCAAGAGAUUUAAAACUGAUGUGCAUAGAAUUUUAUUUGUCUUAGCAUAGUGGAUCUGAGGUCUGUCCCGUCUAGCCCUGGGCCCGAACUGUCCUAAUGUUUUUUGUAUUCUGACUAUUACAAACAUAUUUUGAUUUUUAAUUUUACCAACUGACAUAUUACAAAUUUAUUGCAAUUAAGGCAACUUAAAAUGAGUGUACAAGAAAUAUAAUUGCAGGAAGAAAUUAAUUUUUCUAGAAUAUCAUUUUUAUUAUCUAAAAUGUACAGUCAGAUAUGCUUUGUGUUUGUCUAUAUGCAUUUUUGUAUUUUGUUAACAAGCUUUUUUGCAUGUUCAGGAAUGAUAUUGCAGGUAUUCCCUGUGUGACAGCCAUUUGGACUGUGGAAGUUUCCCUUGGCAGAAUUCACAAAUCACUACUGAAAAAUUUGAGAUGCAAUUUAAAAUUCGUUCUCAUGGAAUUUGGAUGUGUGUGUGGUUGAAACUGCAGCGUCAGAAGUCGCCAGAAAUUAGCAGGAAACUGAAUAGACAUUCUGAACAUGGAGGAGACUGAUAGGGAGGCUGUAUCGACAGCUGCGCAGCGAGUGGCUGGAAUGCUUCAGCGACCUGAUCAGCUGGACAAAGUCGAGCAGUAUCGCAGACGAGAAGCUCGGAAGAAGGCCUCUGUGGAAGCCAGACUAAAGGCAGCUAUUCAGUCUCAGCUGGAUGGAGUACGGACUGGGCUCAGUCAGCUUCACAAUGCUUUGAAUGAUGUUAAGGACAUCCAGCAUUCCUUGGCAGAUGUCAGUAAGGACUGGAGACAAAGCAUUAACACAAUAGAGAACCUGAAGGAUGUGAAAGAUGCUGUGGUUCAACAUAGUCAGCUGGCAGCUGCAGUUGAAAACCUGAAGAACAUUUUUUCGGUUCCAGAGAUUGUGCAAGAGGCCUAUGAACUAAUUGAACGCGGAGAAUUGCUUUUGGCUCACCGAAAACUGAUGGACCUGGAGUGCUCCCGUGAUGAUCUCAUGUAUGAGCAAUAUCGUAUGGAUAGCAAGAAUACGCAUGAUAUGAAACUAAUUCAGGCCUAUUUCACUGAGGUGCAGAACCUCUCUGAGCAAAUGGGGAAGCAAAUUUGGAUGCUGGUGCAAAGGUCCUCAGUAACAGUCCGCAGUGAUCCUGCCCAGCUUGUCUCAAUGGUUCGAAUCAUUGAGCGAGAAGAAAAAAUUGAUAAGAGAAUGCUUGACCGGCAGAAGCAGACUGGGUUCAUUCCUCCUGGCAGACCAAAAAAGUGGAAAAGCAAAUUGUUUGCAGUUUUAGAACAGACUGUUGCAAAUCGGAUUGAAGCCAGUCAGUCUGAUACACGAGAGUUAGAUAAAAUGUGGCUUGUGCGUCACUUGGAGCUCACACGCAAAUAUGUUCUUGACGACUUGCUAGUUAUGAAGAACUUGAUGGCGCAGUGUUUUCCCCCUCACUACAACAUCUUCAGAAAGCUUCAGAGUUUGUACCAUGAGGCACUGGUGGCACGUGUGGAAGAACUUGCUUCUGAGGAUCUAGAGGCAAAUGAAAUUGUUUCUCUUCUGACUUGGGUUCUAAAUACAUACAAGAGUGAGGAUAUGAUGGGGCACCCAGAUCUUGCACCAGAAGUAGAUGUGAAGUCCCUGGAACCCUUACUUUCAAAUGAUGUGGCCAAUAUACUUCUCAGCAAAUACAUGACAACCCUCACUUCCAAUAUUAUUGGAUGGCUACGGAAAGCACUUGAAACUGACAAGAAGGAUUGGAGAAAGGAUCAAGAGCCAGAAGCAGAUCAGGAUGGUUACUAUCAAACUACUUUGCCAGCUAUUGUAUUUCAGAUGUUUGAACAAAAUCUACAGGUAGCUGCUCAAAUCAGUGAUGAUCUGAAACUUAAGGUGCUAGCGUUGUGCCUUCAGCAAAUGAAUUCUUUCUUGAGCAGGUACAAGGAAGAGGUGACAUUAUAUAAAGAUGACCAUUUGAAGGAUCGUCAGCACCCUCAGUUCUACAUUCAGUAUAUGGUUGCAGUUGUUAACAACUGCCAAACUUUCAAAGAAUCACUCAACAGUUUAAAGAGGAAAUACACAAAGUUUGAGAUAGAGUUGGAAGACCAUUAUCCUAAUCAGCCAACAAUAGAGGGGACUCUGGAUAAUAUUGCCAAAGAUGGGUGUGCCUAUCUGCUAGAUGAAGUGUUCCUUGAUUUGGAGCCUCAUCUUCAAGGGUUGAUGACCAGAAAAUGGCUUGCUGGGUCUAAUGCUGUAGAUACCAUUUGUGUUACCGUAGAGGAUUAUUUCAACGACUUUGCUAAAAUUAAAAGACCAUACAGCAAGGACAUAACAAUAGAGGCUCAUAGAAGGGUUGUGGUGGAGUAUAUCAGAACUAUGAUGCAAAGAAGAAUCACAUUCAAAAGUGUGGAUGAACGUAGAGAAGGGGCCGAGAGAGUUAUAAAAGAUGCAGAACAAUUUUGGUUCUUGUUUAAGAAGCUUUCAGCUGAUUUUGAUGAAGACACUGAUCUGCUGUGUGAUGCUAUCCCAGCAUUAGCUGAAGUCUUAAAGCUCACUGAUCCAUCUUUAUUAUGCCUUGAGGUCUCUACAUUAGUUAAUAAAUUUCCUGACUUCAGGGAAGAACAUAUCACUGCCCUCCUAGCAAUGAGAGGAGAUGCCAGCAGGGAAAUGAAACAAACGGUCAUCGAAACUUUGUGCCAAAACCAAACUCAUCCUGGUCCUAAUUUUAAGCCAAUCUUCAAAGAUAUUUCUGCACAAAAUUUAACAUUGGCAAAAUUAGUAAAAUGAAAUGUUCCUAUUUGGAAGUUAACAUAUACAAUAGACCUUGCUUUCACAUUGUUUUGGAAGCAUCUAGAAAGUAACUUGGGAGGUUGUACUUUAAGCUUGAGUAUACAUGAAAUAAUUUUUAUUUUAAAUUAUCAGUGCAAGUUUCUCUGACAGUGAAUUGUAAAAUGAGUAGACUCUACUAGCUUAAAAAGGUGUGUGUUUGGCAGAGACACUCACAAACUGAGUUCUAGGAUCUGCCAGGUGACAGUCUGGUAGUCUUCAGGAUCCAAGAGUGUAGACUUUGCUUCACUACUUUUAGCAACUAAAAGUAUUUGGGCUCAACAGGCAGGGCUUCAUUGCUAUUAGUGAGCUUGUUAAUGAUGCAGUAAAAUAACAGCUCUGUUGACAAGCAACUUUGUAUGUAUUUUUGCCUUUUGUCAGCAUUUUUGAGAACAAAUAAUGCCAAUUUUGGAAGACAAAAUGAGGAAUGUAUUUUUAUGUAUGCACGUUUGUAUAGGGUUUGAGGUGCAUAUCCAUAAGCAAAACAGACUGCUUUGCAGAGGCUUUUUAAUUGAUUGUAAUUGUGUUCUGUAAAAUAAGUUUGCAAAUGUCCCAAUAUGAAAACUCAACAAUAGUUUGACAGACAUUUCAAACAGCAUUUGUGGUGCCUGCUCUUUAAAAGAUCAAAUUUAAACAUGUAUAAGACAAAGCACGAGUGUAAGGGGUAUUGUUAAUGGCUCUGCCAUAAUGUGCCAUAAGCUAUUUUGCUUUUGUGCAUCUAAGUUUUAAGAAAUUGUUAUUUUAAUGAAACAAAUGUAUUACCCUGAUAAAUGAUUAAAUUUAUGGGUAAAUGCCAGACAGGUCUUGUUUUGUGAAACAUUUGAGCGGUGGCCAUUUGUGUAUUCGGGCGGAUAACUUCGCUAUCAUCUUUAUCCAUUUUCUUAAAGAAACUGUAUCUUGAUUUGCUAUUUGGACCUAAUUGAAAAGCAAAACUUAAAAAAUUACAAUAUUUGUAUUAUUCUAGCUUGAAAUCUAGCAUUAAAGGUUUGGUUACACUCUCCUCACAUUGGGCUGGGGAAAGGAGUCAUCUGUUCUUUGCCUAAAACAAGUUGGAAACACUACCAUCAGCUAUUCAAAGUUCCUUAUUUACUUUCAUACUAUGUAUUCAGAUUUGCUGUGAUGUUCAGUAAUUUGCCUUUCAGAUAUAAGUUAACGAGAAGAUACCCCAUUCAGAGCUGCUUAGCCAUUUCUCUUUCUGUCUGACGUGUUAUACCCCUGAAGGAUAAGUGUCUAACUUUGGCUUGCUGCAUACUGAUAUGUGUAGCCUAGAUUCCAUUUGUAAUAUACAAUUACUUUUCCUGAUUAUGUGCAUUAUCAUUGAUCGUAUAUCAAGUCUUGGUUGUCUAUGAUGCAGUAACUUAUCUAAGCUGACACUGUAUUUCCAAAAUAUCAGAUGAACAGAUCUUGCUCCUAGACUUCAGCCUACAAUAGCCAAUUCCUUCACAUGUGCCUUCUGUGGCAUCUGAUUUUGCUGAACAUCUUGUCCGCCUCUUGUGAAUAUAUAACCACAAACAUUAAGAAGCCCAGUCCUAUGCUAAGUAACAUUUUCGAAUUAAAUAUGAUGGUUCACUGUGUGACAGCAUUGUCGUUAAGAGCACGUUCUUAGAAUCUCUUCCAAGUGAUCACAUUUAUGAUUAAUUGGUUAAAGCCUGUCAUUCAUACAAUCAAAUUUUAAAUAAAGCUCAUUUUGAAUCUCAAUACAAAUAGAAUUUUAUUACAAAUGGAAACACAUAAACCACACUUCCAUAUGUAGUUUUGAUUUUGAUGAAGCAAUGCAAUAGUCAUUUCCACACAACACAAAACAACAAUUUUAAUAAGUUAAACUUAUAACAGCAUCGAUGAAAUUAUAGGAACGCCUUGAUAUCGGAAAUGUAAGGGAGAACGUUUCAGGUAGGGAUAUUAAGAGGAGCCAAACAGACUUUCUCUGCUAUAUUCUACAUUUGACUCAACAAGGGAGGAUAGCAGGAACUUAAAGAAAAAGAUUAAUACUCUAAUUUUUACAUAUCAUAACAGAUAAUGAAGACAUUACAUAUUAAGUUGCAGUUAGAAUAACAAAUUUAUAUGUAAUAAGGUACUGUUGUAUUUUUUGCAUCCUAGAUUACAAAUAAAUGGCUUCUGUUUAUCAAUG